AUGCAACUCAAGCAUCCUGUAUUGUGCAAGGAGAACUUGGUGGUGAUGUUUCUCACCGUUCCAAACGAUUUUACCAAUUGGAAGAAGUUUGCUAACAUCGAACUUACCGAUGAAUUUGAAGGAGUUCGUGUUCAUAUUCCAUCAAGAUUCAAAAUUAAUGUGAACCAUCUAUUAAGAGGAUUGAGAGAUAACGAGUCUGACGAUAGCACUGGUUCUUCACCCGCAGGCGGGAAUAAUAUGGCAGCUCGGAAUGAUUCUGUGAUUAAUAAUAUUACCCAAAUAUGGAACGAGAGCCCUGUGAAUCACAAAUCGGUUGAUUUUGUCGAUAAUUUCGACCAUUUGAACACCAGUUUGACUAGGAUGGCAGAUCUCUGGUCGAAAUUUGCUUUUUUGGCAGAAAGAAUCGAGCGCAGAGAGCUAGCAGUAGCUUCUGAUCAUCAGAAGGCUGGUGCUUUCCUUGAGAAUUUUGCAAAUGUUAACACAAAUGUGUUCGGAAUGGAUAAUAUUAUUGAAAAUAGAAGCAGAAAGACGACUGAGGAGUCCCAGAACUUGAAUAUUAUCAACACAAUUUUGAAGCAGGCUAUAGGCUUUUUUGGAAACACCAAGAAAGUGAAGGAGGAAGAAAUGACAAGCGUUUGCCUCGAUGUUAUCGAAAACUUCAAGAAGUUCCAAGAUUAUAUGGCAUCAUUGCACUUCCUUAUGGAACGGAUUACCAACUACAGAAAUGAAUCGGAAAAGCGGAUUCAUAUCUUGCUCAACAAGUUGACCCGGGCGAACGAAAGAUUGUCCCAUAUCAAGGGUAAAUCCGACAUCAAAGGCAGUGAAAUUGACAGGCUGGUUACGAUCACGACACAGACCUCAGAUCAACUCAACAAUCUGAUCUCUAGGAUCAUCUUGGUCAAAUUAACCUUUGUCAACGAGUACGCUUUAUAUCAGAAGACAAAAUACAUUAUUAGUGAAGUGUUCCAGGAUUGGUUUAGAGAAAGACUGAAGUUUGGAGACGUUCAGCAAGAAGCGGUGCAGAGACUUUUCACGGAUCUACAAGACCUUCCAUUAAAAUAG